AUGGGACCAUUUCAUGAUGGAAAAUAUCUUCGCCAAAUCGUCAACGAGAAACUCGGAAGCAAAUUACUGGAAGAUACAGUGGCAAACCUCGUAAUUCCAACCUUUGAUAUAAAAAAUCUCCAACCAGUCAUCUUCUCGACAUAUGAGGUCUUUAGGGAGGAGAUGGAGUCUAAAACUCUAGAGGACAUCUGCAUCGGGACCUCUGCAGCACCAAUUUACCUGCCUGCCCAUGGCUUUAAAAUCAAGAGUUCCCAAGGGAAAGAAACUGAAUUCAACCUCAUCGAUGGUUGUGUAUUUGCUAAUAAUCCGGCUAGGAUUGCCAUCAGUGAAGUAUAUAAAGAACUUCUAGCAGAUGAAGGAGAUAACGAUAGGAUUAUGGACUUUUCGAGCUUCCGUAACUUCGAUAAUCUUUUGCUUCUUUCUUUGGGAACUGGUACACCGAGGAACGAAAGGAAUUACAACGCAGAACAAGUAUCGAAGUGGAGCACUUUAACUUGGGCAUUCAACUUUAGUAAUUUCUCAAGUCCAAUAGUAGAUGUGAUUAGUCAAGCGAGUGCAGACAUGAUUUGCAAGAAAGCUUAUAACUGCACGGAACUCUCGUCAGAAGAAACCGGAAAAUAUGGAAGUAAAUGGAGGCGAGAUGAAGAAAAUGAAUCCAGUAGCACGUUUGUAACAAAAUUACGAUUGGGUAUGGCAUGGAAACAUUCAAUUGAUGUGGAGGAUGCCGAUUACAGAGCUCCUGUUGGGGUGAUUCUUUUCAACCAUUCUGAUUUCACUUUUCAAGUAAAGGCUGGUGAUCGGAUUGCCUAG